GAAACAGAUUUGCAUGGACGAAGAUAAGAUUCGUAGAGCACCGAAAGACGAUCGUAGUUUGACAGCGUUGGAAUUGGAUGAUAAAACCUCAAAAUCCGGUGGCUCAACGCAAUUGUUCAGACCUUUAUAUCAACACAAUAUAAAGGUCUGAACUGGUGACUUCUCAGUUGGAAAGGAAAAUGCUUGAAAAAUUUCCCUUUCCUGUCACUUUAGUGAAGAAAAACUCAAUGAAUGGGAUUUCUUAUGCGUUUUUUUUUUUUUGAAAAAAAUCUUUAGCGGAAAAGUUGUGGCUACAAUUCGCCCGUCAAUUCAUAGCAUCCCACUCAGUUAACCAGUCCUCUUCACUGACUCUGGCUGGCUCCUUGCUCCAUCUAUCUCUUCUUUCAGGCUUUUAGUAACAACUAACAACUAGGGUGAUUGAAAGGACCAAAUACGAAUUUGCAGGAAAAGAAUUUCAUUCCUUCACCAAAAAGCGGGAAAAUGUUGAAUGGGAGAAAGAGUUAGAGAAGUAAAGACAACUGCCAAAUAUAACCAACCCAAAUAUCAGAUUUGCUUUUUUCUCGCUGAGGCUUAAAAUCUCCCUCAUUAAAACAGAAAGAAAAGUUAAGAGUAAAUACAACUUCUGGGUAUGUUUGUUCGGCACGCGUAUGGGGAGGGGAAAAUAUCAAAAUAGUGAUACCGUACGUAGCUAAGAAGGAGGGCGGGUGCGAAUAAGGUAGGAUUCGCAGAGGUUGUGAGGUAAACCUAUUGUUGUUGGAAAUGUCUGGUGGCAGAUGUAGCGUAGUGUGGUUCAGAAGAGAUCUGAGGGUGGAGGAUAAUUCGGCACUGACAGCGGGAAUGAGAGCAGGAUCUGUGGUAGCAGUUUUUAUAUGGGCACCUGAAGAAGAAGGUCAAUACCAGCCAGGAAGGGUGUCCAGGUGGUGGCUCAAACACAGUUUGGCUUACCUUGAGUCUUCUUUGAGAAAUCUUGGCAUUUCUCUUGUCACCAAGCGAUCCACUGAUAGUGUUUCUUCUCUCCUGGAGGUUAUCAACUCCACCGGAGCCACUCAACUCUUUUUUAACCACUUAUAUGAUCAUCUAUCACUUAUCAGGGAUCACAGGGCCAAGGAGGUGCUGACUGCCCAAGGCAUAGCCGUACGCUCCUUCAAUGCAGAUUUACUGUAUGAACCAUGGGAUGUGAAUGAUGCGGAUGGCCAGUCAUUCACAACUUUUUCUGCUUUUUGGGAAAGAUGCCUCAGCAUGCCUUAUGACCCCGAGGCACCUCUUCUCCCUCCUAAAAGAAUUAUUGCAGGCGAUCUGUCCAGGUGCUCUUCUGAAACACUAAUGUUUGAAGAUGAAUCAGAGAAGGCAAGCAAUGCACUUCUUGCCCGGGCAUGGUCACCUGGAUGGAGCAAUGCCGACAAGGCUUUAACCACGUUCAUAAAUGGGCCACUGAUUGAGUACUCAGAAAAUCGCAGGAAAGCUGACAGUGCCACAACCUCAUUUCUUUCCCCACAUUUACACUUCGGAGAGGUGAGCGUCAAAAAGGUCUUCCAUCUGGUCCGAAUUAAGCAGGUCUUAUGGGCCAACGAAGGGAACAAGGCUGGUGAAGAAAGUGUCAACCUGUUUCUCAAGUCUAUUGGUCUCAGAGAGUAUUCAAGGUACAUCAGUUUCAACCAUCCCUAUAGUCAUGAAAGGCCUCUCCUAGGCCAUCUCAGGUUCUUUCCAUUAGUAAAUGAAAACUACUUUAAGGCGUGGAGACAAGGAAGAACUGGGUACCCCUUGGUGGAUGCUGGGAUGAGAGAGCUGUGGGCCACUGGUUGGCUGCAUGAUCGGAUACGUGUUGUUGUUUCCAGUUUCUUUGUGAAGGUUCUGCAGCUUCCCUGGAGAUGGGGAAUGAAAUAUUUUUGGGAUACUCUCUUGGAUGCAGAUCUUGAGAGUGAUGCUCUUGGUUGGCAAUACAUUUCUGGCACUCUCCCUGAUGGCCGUCCAUUGGAGCAAAUAGAUAACCCACAGUUUCAGGGAUACAAAUUUGAUCCAAAUGGAGAAUACGUACGACGUUGGCUUCCAGAACUUGCCAGAAUACCCACCGAAUGGAUUCAUCAUCCAUGGAAUGCGCCAGAACCUGUGCUACAAGCCGCUGGAAUUGAAUUGGGGUCAAAUUACCCUCUUCCUAUUGUUGGAAUAGAUGCUGCAAAAGCCAGAUUGGAAGAAGCGCUAACAGAAAUGUGGCAACAAGUAGCAGCUUCAAGGGCCGCCAUUGAAAGUGGAACUGAAGAAGGACUUGGGGACUCCUUCGAAUCAACCCCUAUUGCCUUUCCUCAAGACAUACAAAUGGAGGAAACUGAUGAACGUAUUAGACACAAUCCACCUCCUGUUGCUCGCCCCUACGAGGAUCAGAGGGUCCCAAGCAUCACUUCUUCCCUUGUGCGAGUGGAGGAGGAAGAAACUUCUUCAGAUCUUCGAAACACAACAGGAGACAGCAGAGCUGAAGUGCCAAACAAUGUAAAUGUGCGACAAAAUGCAAGGGGAAGAGAAACAUUGAACCAACAGCCGUUGCAGGCUGUUCAAAGAAAUACUCAACUACAGAAUACUACAGUAGAACUGAGAAAUGCAGUUGAAGAUUCCACAGCAGAAUCUUCAAGUAGUAGUAGGAGAGAAAGGGACGGAGGUGUAGUUCCAGUAUGGUCUCCUCCAGCUUCUAGUUAUUCAGAGCAAAUUGUAGGAGAUGAAAAUGGCAGAGGAGCUAGUUCAUCCUACUUGCAGAGGCAUCCUCAAUCUCACCAACUUAUGAAUUUGAGGCGGCUACCUCAGACUGGGUAA